AUGGGUGGCUGCCCUCCCACCCCUCGCCUGCGCUGCAGCUGCUCACGCGGCGAGCCCAUGCGGGCUCAUGUGCUGCAGAUCACGGCGCUGUUUGUGCGGCACGGGGCGCUGCUGCGCCAGGCGGUGGCGGCGCCCGACAGCCUGCGGCGCUUGUUUGAGUGGCUGCAGCGAGACCUGGGCCUGCCGCAGCCGGCCAUCGUCAAAGUGCUCAACCGCGUGCCGCUCAUCCUGCAGGUGCGCCGCCGGGACGGGCGCCGCCGUAGGGCUGCAGCGGCGUGGCAGAUGGGGCGGUACUGGCACUGGUACUGGUACUGGCUGAUGUGGACGGCGUGCUGAAGCCGCGCCUGCAGUUCCUGCUGGACCUGGGGCUGCCGCAGGAGCGCAUAGUCACCGGCAUACUGCGCAUGCCCGAGGUGCUGGGGGUGGACAGCGGGGUGCUGGCAGCCAAGGCCGACUACCUGGCUCAGGCGGCGGGGCUCAGCCGGCGCGAGGUGGCGGCGCUGCUGGUGCGGGACCCUGCCGCCAUGCUCUGCUCGCUGGACCACUUGCAGCAGACGGUGCAGUGGCUCAGCGAGGGGCUGGGCCUGGAUGCCGACCUGCUGCGCCACGUGCUGUCCAAGGGAGGCGUGGCCAAGUACCCGCUGGCCACGCUGCAGGAGCGUGUGGCCUUCUGGCUGCGCCUGGGGUUUGGGCUGGGCGAGGUGCGGUGCAUGCUGGAGCGCAUGCCCCGCCUGCUGCUCUACCCGGUGCACGAGCCCAAGUACCAGCUCAAGCUCCGGUUCCUCACAGAGGAGUUGGGCCUCCCGCUGGGCGCCCUGCUGUCCUUCCCCACAUACCUCAGCUACUCGCUGCCGGGGCGCAUCGCACCGCGCGCCGCCGCCGCGCGCGCCCUGGCCGGCCGCGCCCUGCCCCUCCAGCAGCUGACCCGCAAGGAUGAGCAGUGGGCGGCCUGGCUGGGGGUGGGCCCGGAGGAGUGGUGCGCGUUUCAGCAGGCGUGGCGGGCGGGGCCCGAGGCCCGGCGCUGGGCCGACCCAGAGUCCCCGGGAGGGCAGCCGCGGCGGGUGCCCUCUGGCUGAACAACUGCAAGACACCCACUGUAUGCCUGUACCAACCAAUUUUCCUUCCUGCCUACACUGUUCUACGUGCUCCCUUUAUUUCAUUGGAAACAUGUAAUCAUCAUGCCGCC